AUGGGCGGCGCGCAGUCGCCUCCUGCGACAGCAGCAGAGGGCAAUGAUAUAUUCGAUAUGCUGAACCUACCCAGUGACUACCAGACCACAGCAGCGCUCGAGGCAGCCAAGAAAGACGUUGAGCCCAGAUAUCAUCAAGGGCUUGAGACCAUGUCACAAUACCGAGUUCCCGGCUCCAUCAACCCCGCCGUUACGCCGGAUAUGGGUAAGAUAGCUCUUGUCGUCCGGGCAGGUCAAGCCGUGGUGAGGGGAGAUCUUCUCGAGUUUCUCGACAAAUACCUUGUGGGCUGGUUAAAAGAAGGUCUUUGGCAACCAUUGUUAACUCACCCCGUCGUGAGUGCACUCUCCAUGCAGUGCGCGGACCUGGUCGAGGCGGAAUUGUACGAUGAUCGAAUGGCCAACAUCCUCAUGCGGCGUUUGGCAUGGGUGCGCCUGUACUACUGGCACGAUGAGCAGAUGAAAGCCAGUCCUCGGAAGCUAGAACCAGGUGUCGGCCUUGAGACCCAAGCUGCAAACCUAUGCCUCCAAAAGGCCUACGUGAAUUGGGAGCAAUGGAGUCAGGAGGACAAACAGACCGCACGCGACAAGUUCCACGCCAGGAAGCGCGUCGGACGACGGUGGUGCGAGCUCGUGCAGUAUCUUGGCCCGGGUAUCUUAAUCACGUGUGGUGCAGAUAUGGACGCUCAUAUGUAA